ACUGAGGGAUGGAUCUGACUCCAAUAGGAGAAGCUUGUAUCUAGAAGUGGUGCUAAUGGGAAGAGAUUUCCGAGCUCCAGAGGACGAUGAUUUGUCACAAAGGGUAGCUGGCUCGGUGAUUUGGGCUGGAGCCGUGUAGGAAGGAAAUCCUUGGAGAAGUCAUUGUGCACAGAAAACCGAAGACCGGUACAAACAUGCCUGUUCGCAGAGGUCAUGUGGCACCACAAAAUACAUUUUUGGGUACAAUCAUACGAAAAUUUGAAGGGCAAAAUAAAAAAUUCAUCAUUGCUAAUGCUAGAGUGCAGAACUGUGCUAUCAUCUACUGCAAUGAUGGGUUCUGUGAGAUGACCGGGUUCUCCAGGCCAGAUGUCAUGCAGAAACCUUGCACCUGUGAUUUUCUUCAUGGGCCAGAGACCAAAAGGCAUCAUAUUGCCCAAAUUGCUCAAGCACUGCUGGGGUCAGAGGAGAGGAAAGUAGAAGUCACCUAUUAUCACAAAGAUG